AUGAUUUCAUCUCUAUGCAUUGUUUUUCUUCAAUUGACGUUAGUAGCUACUCAAAUAUCAUGGGAAAAUUGUGAUAGUAAUUCAAAUUCUAUUAAAUUACUCAAUCUUACAGUGAAUCCAUAUCCAAUUAUAAUGCCUGGAUCAGUUUCUAUAGAAAUUUCUGUUCAUUCCAAUCAAGAUUUAACAAGUCCAAUAAAAGUGGAAUUGGCAUUACAUAAAAAAGUAUUAUUCAGCUAUGUUUCUCUUCCUUGUAUUAGCGGUAUUGGUUCAUGUACCUAUGAUGAUCUGUGUACUCUUUGCCCACAAUGUGGUUGUCCAUUGAAAGCAGGUGAUCAUAUGUUGACUAUACCAAUUACAAUUUUCAUUAGUUCAUGGACACUUGCUGGAAAUUAUCAAGGACAAGUUCAUAUACAAACAAAUUCGGGAGCCACAGCUUGUGUAAAAGUUAGUAAUGUACAUAUUAAAUUGAGUAAAUGA